AUGUCUCGAUCGGGAACAACCCUCUAUGUCACCGGCUUUGGCCAUGGCACUCGCGCUCGUGAUCUUGCCUACGAAUUCGAACGCUACGGUCGCCUUGUUCGCUGCGAUAUCCCUGCGCCACGUACUCCUUCUAGUCGGCUGUUUGCGUUUGUCGAGUAUGAGAGUCGCCGUGAUGCCGACGAUGCCUACCAUGAGAUGCACAAUAAGCGCAUGGGGCGCGACGAUCUGCUGAAGAUCGAGGUAUUGGGCUCGUACUCCCCCUCGGCCUCCUGGCGAUUCGAUUCGGGCCGUGACCGUCGUCGUGACCGCACCCCCCUCGCCGUGGCCGCUCUCCCUCUCCUCGUCGCAGCCGCGGAGAUUAUUCUCCCAAACGCGACGACCGCUAUGAACGGGAUCACGAUCGUUCGGACCGUGAUCACGACCGCCGUGACCGUGAUCGCGACCAUGAUCGUCGGGAUCGCGAUGAUCGCCGGGAUCGUGAUCGAUGAUCGCGAGAGACGCGAGGAUGAUCGGGAGCGCCGCGAAGAGGAGCGUGAGGUCGUCCCGAAUGGUGAAGAUAGGAAAGUACCCCUGGACCCCGUUCCUUCUGCUCAUGAUGAGCUUGAUACUGCUGAGUAG